GCCGUGGCACGGAAGUGCCGGCGGAGUCGCUGCUGGGCCCACUUCAGCGGAGCGGCCGCCGAGGUCCGGGAGCUCCUGCCGGGGCGGGAGGGGUCCGGGCCGAGCGGGGUUAACCCCUUCCGCGCCACGGCUGCGCGGGCGGCGCUUAUGGCCGCUUCGCUUCGUCGCUGGGCAGCAGAUCGCGCCGGAGGAGCCCGGUCUCCGUUGCUGCCGGAGACUCCCGGCUCAUUUCGCGACUCCUUAUGAGUCAGGGAGCGAUGCCCCAGCCGGGGAGGUGGCCGGGGGCAGGCGGCCCAGAGGGGCCCAGCUUGGAGGCAGAGCCCGCCUCCUUAGGCCGUGGGAAAGGAGUGGAGAAGGAGGGCUCGCCAGUGGGGCCGGCCGCGCCGGGGGAGCCGGGCUCCUGUCCCCUCCGGAGCUAUUCGGGAGAGCAGGAGGAGGACAUGUAUCGUGCUGAAGAUGAAAUAGAAAAAGAAAAAGAAUUACUGGUACGGGAAAGAGGGUUAUCAGAGCCGAAGUUAAGUGUGGCUCCUGAAAUGGACAUCAUGGACUAUUGUAAAAAAGAAUGGAGAGGAAAUACCCAAAUGGCAAAACGGAUGAAAAAGGGCUAUGAAGAAGUUUCUCAGAAAUUUACCUCUAUAAGGAGAGUCCGAGGUGAUAAUUACUGUGCUCUCAGAGCAACCUUGUUCCAGGCAAUGAGCCAAUCAACUGAUCUUCCUAACUGGCUCAAGAAUCAGGAUAUAAUGCUGUUGCCAGAGGAACUAAUAAGCAGAUAUAACUGGAUCAAGCAGUGGAAGCUUGGAUUGAAAUUUGAUGGGAAGGGAGAGGAUCUGGGAGAUAAAAUCAAAGAAUCCUUAUCUCUACUAAGGAAGAAGUGGGCAAGUUUGACUGCAAUGAGAACUGCAGAAGAGAGGCAGGUGGCUUGUGAUGAACUUUUCCGAAAUGAAGAGGAAGAAUAUAGCCUCUAUGAAGCUGUGAAAUUUCUGAUGCUGAGCAAGGCCAUUCAACUAUAUGAUGAUAAAGAGAAGGGAAAGGAAGUACCCUUCUUCUCUGUGCUUCUGUUUGCUCGGGACACCUCAGGCGACCCUGCUCAGCUGCUGAGAAAUCACUUGAAUCAAGUGGGUCAUUCUGGUGGCCUGGAGCAGGUUGAAAUGUUUCUUCUUGCCUAUGCAGUACAUCACACCAUACAAGUUUAUCGACUAUCGAAGUAUAACACUGAGGAAUUCAUCACAUCUUAUCCUACGGAUCCACCCAAGGACUGGCCUGUGGUGACUCUGAUUGCAGAGGAUGACAGGCAUUAUAAUAUCCCUGUCAGAGUGUGUGAGGAGACAAGUUUGUGAUAAAGAGAGACUUGUUAGGCUUGUGUUUUGAAAUGUGGCUUAGAGACAUCUUUAUCCUCUUUGAGCUGAAUUUGACAUCUCAAAGGGGUGUCCUAAAGACUUAAGUAUUUGCUAUCAGGAAUAACAUUGUAUAUAAGCUUCUCCCCCUGCUUCCUUCUAAGGCAAUAAAUUUCAGAGGCCUUCAGAGUAAUACACCUGUUGGUGUAAAAAUAUGUCCUCAAAAAAGGAAAAUAUUUUAUAUUGUGCCAUCAUGGAAUUAAUUUGGGAGAAUCCCAAAGUCAAAUCCCUUGUCAUGAUAAAUUGGUAAUUUGUUUUUUAAGGAGAGAGUAAAUAAUUUUCUUUUAGUAAUGAGUCUUUGAAGUAAUCUGUCUAUGCAAUAUUGGGAUGUUGGAAAUAAGUCUCUUUCUGCCUAGUCUUGUUACACUGCUGGUAUUUUCUUCUACAUAAUGCAGAGGGAAUAAAAUUGGGUUGAAAAAUUUCUUAAAAGUAUUUUGAAAUAAUCUGUAACAGAAGAGGCAGGAAAGUGUUGAUCUCAAAGUCAGAAGAUUCAUAUUCAAAUCUUGCCUUGGACACAUAUUAACUGUUUGGAAGAACAAGUCACUUAACAUCUCAGCUCCUUCAGGCAUUUCUCCAAGACUCUAAGUUAAUGACAAAUUGCUGAUCUGUAUUGGUAGAGGGACCUUCAUUAUUAGCAGUUCUCCACAAUGAUGAUUUCUCAGUUCUGGACCAAAACAAAAUCCCCAGCAUAGAAGUUUAAGAACUAGAUUUUAAAUGGGUGUAUUAAAAGCAUUUAAGAAAGUUCUAUUGGAGGAGAAAACAUUAUAGGAAUUGUUACUAGGAUAUGUAACCUCCUUCUUUGGGGUGACUGUUCAUUCAAAGUCUCCUCAAACACAUCCAUCAACAAACAUUCAUUUUUAUACUCUGUUCUAGGCACUGUGUCUUUAAGUGCUGAUGAUACAAAGAAGUCAAAAACAUGGUCCUUGACCUCAGGAAACUUCCAUUCUAAUCGGGGAGAUAACAUGCAAAAAAAUGUAUACACAAAAGACAGUACAAAUGGAAGGUAAUCUGAAAAGAAAGAUACUUGUUAUUUAAUUUAGAUCUCUAGAGCUGUGUGGCCAUAAAAACAAGACAAGGGAGAAGUAAGUCUCAGCUCUAACUUUCAAACUGUGGACUUGGGGUAAAUCACAACUCUUGAUUGGCUAAGUUAUUGUAACUUUGUUGGACUCGCUCUUUGCUGCCAUCAAGUAGAAAAAGGGAGGAUAGAUAUGGAAGGUAGUAAACAUGAGCAUAAAGGUCUCUAUUCGAAAGCUAAAUAUAGCCAUCUCAGUUUCCUUCUCUAAAAUUAGAGGUUUAGACUAGUUGUCCUCUGAAAUCCCUUCCAGCUUUAAAUCAGUGACCCUUAAAUGUGACCCUAGUCAAAUCUUUAAACCUCAGUUUUCUUAUAUUUUAAAAGGAGAAUUGAACUGGAUGAUCUUUCUCAACUUGAUUUUGUUACAGCCAGUGGGGACACUCAGUGUAUCUCAUGUUGGAAGCUCCUGCUGCUAAUAUUUUUUUUUUUCCCUUGGGAUGAGAAAAUAAAUCAAAUCCAGUUUUCAAAGCUGAGAGUUAUAAUUUUACCUAGCAAUAAUGUUAUAUACUACUUUCACGUUAAUUUAAAAAAAUAGAGCAAUGUUGUACAGUAACACCUGUUGAAGCUAGGCAAAUUUGUGGAUUUGCUGGUGAUAUUUAAGCUGGUUUAGUGGGAAGCAUGACAGACUAUCUCAGAUUGUGAAUGACAACUUAUGGUGGCUAUUUGUACAGACCUAGAAGGAAGAUGUGAAAUUGGAAAACCUAUCUGUGGUAUUUUGAACUGUCUCAUUGAGGUAUUCAUCAGAGGAAUGAGAGAAUUCUCUGCACUUUUAUGGCUAUAUUGACACAGUCCAAAUGAAUGUAUUGACCCAGUAGUAAUGUGAUUGGAAGGAUUCACUCUUCUUUCAUAAUUAUUUUGUCUAUUACUAGAUAUAGGUAAGUACUUUGACUUUGUAUGAUCCCUUUUAAGGUGGAGAGGUUGGUUUAAAUUUAAUAUUUAAGUAAUAUAAGUAUAUCUAAUACUUAACAUUUGAGGUUCUUGGUUAAGGAGAGAACUUUAAAUAUGUUAACUAUGCAAACUCUACUAUAUGACUUUAGUCUGCUUAGAUGUUGCCUACUUCAGUGCAGUCCCUGCUUGAUUCUGUUACCAUGUUUACUUUAUAGCUAAGACCCUUUGAAUUAAAUUCUGUUUUCCUAGAUAAUGCCAACAUCUCCCAUUGAACUGGACUGAGCUGCAGAGGCUGGGACCAGAUCUGUACAUUUUUUUCCACUCACUCGGUAUAUAGCAGUGUUGUGAAUGAAAGCCUAAUGAGAGUAGUUAUAAUGAAUUCUUGGUUUUUAUCUUAUCCAUACAAAAGAAUUCUUAAUAUGCCCCUCUGGCCCAGAAAUUCUAAUAGAAUGAAUGAUAUUUGAGGCAGCAAGCAUGUAGGAUGCUCAGGCCUAAAUGUAUUUUGGCAUACUGGGUAGCAUCCUCUGAUACCUUUUGAUAAUGAGGUUGAAUAUUCUGAAGCCAUGUACUGCUUUUAUCUCCAAAUGCUAGACUUCAUGUUUAAACUGGAGCCACCAGAUUUUACUACUAUAAUUGUUUUCUUUAUCUUCCCCCUUUUGUCCCAUAUUUUUAUAUAUGUGUGAAAAAUCUAAAUAAUAAAUGUAGAAAUCCCAUUCUUAUGUAGAUCAAAGAUGGAAAUACUCAAAAGGGUAAAUCUGUUAUGCUCUUCCAUAUACUUUUGGCUGGCUACCAUUCCAGGCACUUGUAAACUUAGUCUGUCACUUUAAAAGUUGGAAUAAGUAGAAGAGAUAAGGAGAAGAUGACAGAAGAUGCUUGUCAAGAGGGUAAUGAUUUUGGGGAAUACUGAGUAAAUCAUUUCUUAUUGAAAUUCAUUUCCUGAUUGCCCUCUUUUGAGUCAUAACCUGAGCUGGUCUUUUUUCAUUUGGGGAGAAGGGAGAGCAGGUUUUUUAGUAAGUUGAGUAACAAUAACACAAUAGAAAUAGGAUAAAGACCCAGGGAUACCUAGAAAGCUUUUCUAUUUACAGUGAUCACUGUUAUGUAAGAGGAACAGAUGGUGGGAACUCUCAGCACACUGACUCACUACCCCAAAGUUGACUGCAUAAGGUCAGAGGUAUUCAGUUGAGCUGCUGAAAGAAUCUCUGUGCCUUGUACAAUGUUGUCAUGAACAUUUUGUCUCACUGUAAACUACAUUUAAAUCAAUAGCAGGUUGGUGCCUGAUAUGCCAUAUUCUGAUGACCUUUGUAUCGGCAUGUUUCCUUCUCCCCUCCUAAUCUUAUACUUUAGUGCAUCGACCACCCACUGGUUUCACUCAUAUAGAAGGAAGAAAAGUGCAGCACAAAUGAGAGAAAAAAGCUACUGUUACAUAGUUUCUUACUUCAUAUUAUCAACCUCAGGUAUCUAGGAUACAAAAUAAUGCUUUGAAGUUCAUCCAUUGGAAAACCAAUAUUGGUGUGCAUGUAAUAUCUGGAAAUGCUUUUCAAAUUUGAUUAAUCUUUUUUUUCCAAAACUAUAUGAUUGUUGAAACCUUUCUUACGUUCAUUUUAUGACUGACAUUUUUACAUUAUCAAGGCAUGGGCUUUGGGAUACUUUUAAUUCCCGCUUAUAUAAUUUGGCAAGUAAAAUCUUAGGCUCCCUGUCUAAUAAGAAAACUAACUUCACUGUGGGAAUAAACAGUGUUUGUAAUCUAAUGUGCUGGCUACACUUUUUAAGGGCUUUUUAGUCCCCUUAGCUAAAAAGGUGCUAUUUUUUUUUAAUAGCAAAUGUGUUAGUGUUCCAAUUUUGUACAUGUGGAUAAUAUUAGUGAAUUUCUGUGUUUCAUCUGCAUUUAAAAGCCAAACAUCAUCUUUUAUUAAACUUAUACAUACAGGAGUUACAGAGAUUUGAGUUGUUUUCUCUGGUACAAAAUAUUUAUAUUUUUAAUACCAAAAAAUAAGGUAGUUUAUAUAUGUAUUAGUUUUUUGUUGCCAUUUGGAAGCCAAAGAUUAUUUUGAGAAAUGUGAACUAUUUAGAAAAAUCUUAAUUAUAGUUAUAAAAAAAAUAAAUGCUUUUAUUUCAAUUCUAUGUUAAAAAAAUACUUCAGUGGAUCUAUUAUCUCAUCAAUGUAGGUAUUUUUUUGGAUGUAGAUUCAACAACCACUUAAGUAAUCAGUUAAGGAAUUUGCUUGUCCACUACCAUAUUCUAGAUACUGUAAAUAGUUGGAGACCCAAAAAUGAAAACAGUCUCUGCUCUGAAGCUUACCUCCUGCAUUGCAACACAACCAUAACAUCUUAUCCUGUGUGAUUCUUAUUCAUAUCUUCCUGUAAAUUUUUCAUGAGGGGGCAGAUCCUAAAAGAAAAGUGCCUUGAAUUUUAUGCUAGUUAAAUUAUCAUUGAAAUCCUAAAUUAUUUUGAAUAGUUCACUCUUAAAAUGCAUUUCCAUAAUAGAUUAAGAGAAGCAGACUCUGAUAAGGGUGGGAUUGAUUAUAAACAUAACCUAAGGAACUAUUUUUCUGUUAAUCUUUAGUAAAGUUAUGAUUCAACUGUUCGUGUACCUACCUCUACUCAAUAAUUAUUUACAUCCUUUUAGCCAAUGUGUUUUCCGGAAUUUAAAAUAAUUUCUCUUCUAUCAAAUAUUAAUAAAUUUUUCCUAAAUGUCCCUAUUUAGACAUCAAAAAUUCUGAAUUUUCUCCUCAGAGUCUGCAUGAUUUUAUCUUUGGAGUAUUCACUCCAUUUGUUGACUUAGCUCCUUUUCUUGGUGAAAAAGCAAAGGAAGUUAUUUAGUCUGAGUUCUUGGUGUUUUAAAUAAAAUGAAAUUAGAAUACUGCAUGUUUAAUAUGGCAUAGUGGCUAGAUCCCUGGAUCUGGUAUCAGGACCUUUGUUUGAGUCCUCCUACUGUAUACUACCUGUGUUAAUUUGCAUAAUCCUCUUUAUUUUCUUGGGCCUUACUUUGCUCCCCUGAAAAAAGAAUGGUCAGAUCCCUAAUAUUUUUGCUAGUGCUGAGUAUGAUCUGGUAUUAAAAAAAAAAAAAAAUCAUGAAAUAAAAUAACUUUAUCAGCCAUUAGUACAGUAUCUUAUACAUGUAAGUGUUUAAUAAAUCCUUGUUGAUUGGA